AGUCCCUUCCCUACCUUUCCCUUCCUCAUAAAUAUUUGAAAACUGAAAAGCACUUUCGCAAGAACUCUUCCAUCUCAUCCUCCUCGAUAGCAAUCUCUUCAGAAUGGCAACCGUUGUGAAUUCAACACCCCUUUGCUCCUCUGUUUCUCUAAAACGUCCAGCACUUAUUGGGAAUUCGGUUCCUGGGAAGUUUCUUCGGGCGAAGCCAGUGUUCCAUACUUGUAGAUUUCCAUCCUUGGAGGUCAAGGCUACAGAUGGUAGUAACAAAAGCAGCAAAGGCACCAAACCAAAUAGCAUAGUCUGUGCUGAUUGUGAUGGAAACGGUGCAAUAUCGUGUACUCAAUGCAAAGGUUCGGGAGUUAAUUCUAUGGACCACUUCAAUGGACAGUUUAAAGCUGGUGGAUUAUGUUGGCUCUGCAGAGGUAAAAGGGAGAUUUUGUGUGGAAGUUGUAACGGAGCUGGCUUUAUCGGUGGAUUCAUGAGCACAUUUGAUGAAUAAGCCUUGCGGGAAUUGGAUGUUGAAUUAUGCUGUGUCAUUUCCUGGUUUUGUAUGGGUUUUAUCCUGCACUACUUAAAGUUUUGACUGAGUCUGUUUUUUGUUUUAACCGAAUUCAUGUAUUCAUUCCGCGUUUAUAACUUGGCCCUCUGUCCUAGGUGACUGUCAUAAAACAUUUGUUUUCCUUCUUGUUUUAUUUUCUAGUCCUCAAACUAAUAUG